CCUUAAAGCUCAUUAAUGCUUCUUGAUUCCGUUCUACCUUACGAACAUUGACGAGAAGCUGUGAUUUACGAUGUCAGAGCAUGAUGAUACCUUGCUGGAUGAAGAUCUCGGGGAUGAAGAAUACGAUCUGGGUAAUGACGAGGAGGAGGCUCUCCUAGCAGAUGACUAUGAAUUAGAAAGGCAGAAUAGCUAUAAGGGAGAAGAGGAAACAGAUGAUGUACUGGACUUAGGAGUCACGGACGCGCUCGACGACUUAGAUGCUGAAGACGAAAAUAUAGAAUUUAGUAGAGGCAAUACUGAUAAACGUAGCGAUAACGAUUUCUAUAAAGAUGGAGAGCAUCCGGAGACACAGUCGUCGUCAUAUUAUGAGCAAGAUGAGAAUGCCGAGUAUGCGAAUGAACAUGAGGCGUUGCCUCAGUCCAACAGAAAUUUGGAGUCCAAUAGCAUUAACGUUUCUAAUAACAUCGGCAUGGGCGAUCUGCGCGAGAAGUUGCAGAAAAACGUGCAGAAGAGCAUGUACAUCGGCAACGGGCAAGGAAUGGAAGACGACGACUGCGAAGAGGCGAAGGAAAGGCGAAACAGAUUUCAAAACGAGCGUACAAUGAUUUCUCAAAGGAUGAACAAUGAUAUUCCGGAUACAUUAGAGAAUAUCCUCACAUCGGAACCAUCCAGAACAUCAUUCAGAGGAAGAGGAGGACGGGGUCGUGGAGCAAGAGGAAGUAGAGGAAGAUUUAACGUACAAACUGGAAACUUUAAUCCAAGAUUUGGUACGGCACGGCCGAGUUUUGAAAGUCAACCGUCUGUGUGUAGACCGCCAUUAAUAGAGACCAGACCAUGUCUUCUGGGUGUAUUAAGUAACAUGCAAAAUCAACAGCUAAUAUACCAACAAGCUAAUCCACAACAACCCUUUCAACAGCCCUUUGGUCUGAACGGCCCGAUGCAAGGGCCGCCCGCACAAUUCACGGAGAACAGACCGCAAUUCAAUCCCGGACAGUUCCAGAGCCCUUUAGGACCACGUCCAAUUGGCUCGAGACUGUCCGAGUAUGGACCCAGAGGUCCCUUGACAGUAGGAUCUAUGCAAGGACCGGGUUAUAAUUGUUCACCCAAUCAGCCACCGUAUCAUUCAUCGAUGCAACCACCAUUCCCAAAUCCAGUCGGUAUCAUGCAAGAGAAUCGGCCAAUGCAAAGUAAUCAAGGGCCUUUAUUGCAAGGCAAUUCAGGCGGAGUCUCACUUCUCGGCAAUCCGAACAUACUGCCGCCUGGGAAUCCGAAUAUGCUGCCACCGGGAGGAAAUCUGCCGAUGCCGCCUAUGCAGGGAUUCCCACGCCAGCAACCCUCCCAGGGCCCACCCAUGCAAAACCUGCCAACCGUACCGCAAAUGCCUAGUCAGCCGCCCUUCGAAAACAGAUUGCCGCCGUUCCAAGAAUCACAAUUCGAAGGUCGGAGCGUAUACGACGCAAGAGCUGGUUAUCAUCCCGAUCAAGUACCCAAUAACCAAUUUAAUAAUACGAUGCCACCGGUACCACAACAGUCGGUAUCUAAUGUAUCACAUAGUGUGUCUUUGCCUCCAGGCCACAAGAUUCUAAUCAACCCUCAUUUUAGAGGCACUGUUCAACCUGGAAAUGACGCUCGACUUGCAUGGGAUUCUAAUCAGCAAGUUCAAUCGCAAGUUUCUCAUAGUGGACAAUUUCCACAACCUCUUUCAUUAUAUCAGAAUCAAGGAUCCUACACUCAAUCUCAGCAAGGUUCAUCGCAAUAUCAACAGAACUAUCAACAAAAUAAAAGUGAUGAUCCAUAUGCAUAUUUUUCUGACGUGUGGCAAGAAAAUAGACCUCAAAGAUCUCAAAAUAUGAGCCCGAGUAAGCAUUAUCCUUCAGAUAAUAAUUAUUCUCGCGAAAGUUACAAUGAUAGUAAAUUUAAAUCGGAAAGUCAGUGGGAUCAAAGGGACAAUUAUCAAGAGGAUCACAGAGGAUCUCACCAGAGUUAUCGAGAAAGAGAUUUACCGCUACGAACAAGAAAUGAUCAUAUACAGAGAAGCAGAACGCCACCGAAUGUGUAUCGUGGCGAUUCUUAUGAUCAAAAGACUAGAUCGACGAAUUUCGCAUCUCGUGGAAUAAACAGGCCUUCACAAAAGAGGAUCUCUGAAUCUUCGGAUAAACCGCGAGAAUUGAGUCCGAAACGCAGUAAACCUUCCAAGAGAAAUCUUCAAGAAGUGCGAAGAGUACAUACAGCAGGUGAAACCGUUGUUGAUAAGGACGAAGAUAAUGAUCCAGAAAUGCAAGAAUAUCGUAAAAAAAUGGAGGAACAAAAACGUCUUCGGGAAAAGUUACUACGCGAGAAAGAGAAUAGACGUAAAAUGGCCGCGAUAGAGAAGCAAAAUGAAGAUACGAAGAUCGAUUCGAAUACUAUUGCAGCAAAUGAAAAUAUUCAGCAAGAAACAAAGUCUGUGUCGACGCUGAUGGGACUUGUAAAUGACACUGUUAAAAUUCGUCCUACUGUUGCUAAAGGACGCAGUCGUCCUGUCAAUGCACAAAACACAGAGGCAGCAGACAGACCAUCUAAUAUGCGAAUUAUCAGAACGAUACAAACUAACGAUUUAUCAGAUACGAGUGGCUCAAAAAAUAAUUCCGGACAAGUGACCAGUCAAGCUAUUGAUAUUGUACAAACGAGACAAGUAGUACAACCAUCUGGCAUGCGAAGAGUUGUGAUACAGAAACCUCUAUUAAAUUCGCAAAAAGUUGCCACCACGAUACAAAAAACUGUCUCCAAUUUACAAAAAAAUCAUUUACAGCAGAAAAUAUCUAAUGUGCAGAUUAUACAGACUCAGAAAGUUUUGCAGAAUCAGAGUAAUGCAUUACAAAAAUCGACGAUUGUCGGUUCAAAAGCAUCAAUCAUUAAUCAGAGAGUAAUGGGGCAUAAAGCAUCGAGUGGUCUACAGAAAACCGUGAUCAAUGAUAAUGCGAAUGUCUAUAUUCAAAAAGCCACAAGUGCGCAACAAAAUUCUCAGCGAAUUGUGCUGCAGAAAUCUGCAAUACAAGCGAAAAAAUUACCUGACAUAAAGACAAACACAGUUAAAUUAGAAAACUUAGCCGCAAGCACGUCUGAGGCCCAAAUCAGACGUAUGUGUCAAGCCAUCGGAACUAUUGAGAAUAUACGCAUGGGCGAAGGUAAUGCGACCAUUGUGUUUAAGACGCAAUCUGCCGCUAUGGUGUUUCACAAAAAAUACCAGCGUAAAAUGCUCGAUCUAUCGCUGAUAACUGUUCGUCUCGUGCCGCAAAGUGCACCCGGGAGUAAAGCGGUUACGACUGUCGCGAAGAAAUUCUAAAGAGGAAAGAAAGAAUCUCGGAAUAUCCUCAGUAUAUCUUUAAUGUUAAUUUGACGUGAACCGUGACUCUCCUAGAUGUUACUUCUCUCGUUUCAGGAUUCAUCCAGACUUGUUUAAUAGAGAUAUAAAAAAAUAUGUAUCUAUAUUUUAUAUAUAUGCACACAACACAUACACUUC